AAAUAAAAUUUUACUUUAGCAUAUUGUCAAUUUAAUUUUGCCUGUGGUAAAUUUGGGUAAAGUAGUACACAGUCACGUGAUGCAUCAUGGCGGGCUACCAGGGAACUCAUAGAUAAUGCUCUCGUAUUUGACGUUUAUGUCAUUUUUUCCGUUAAUCUUGGAUAUUAUUUAUAUUGAACUUUAUUUUUGCAGACGCUUAGAGUGCGCGGACUAUCUGACGAGAUGUGGUUUUCGAAUUUGAACGUUUGUACGCCAGUUUGUUUUAAUCGGAUCAAAAAUAAUGAUGUAUUCACGUUUAUUAAAAUAAAAUAAAUAUGAUCUUUUUGUUGAAUUUUUCUUUAAAGUCUAGUAAACUAUACUGCCAAAAUGAAGUUACGCCUUUAAAUAUUGAAUUUAUAUCUUCAUUAUGAAUAAAAAUAUGAAUGCUGAAAACUUAUCAUAUUUAAGCUAUGAGAUAAAUGGUACUCGAUUUAUUGUACAAACUUUAUCUAAUUCAAUGGAUAUAACAAAGGUUGAAGGUACUAACGAUGAACAAGGUACAGCGAAUAUAAAUGAUGAAAUGUCAUUUGGCAAAGAGGAAGAACCAAUUUCUUUGAUUUCUGUAGAUGGCCAAAUUUAUGCAUUUCAAAAUGGAGACUUUCAAGAGCUUAAUCUCAGUCAUGUUGAUGGUCAGAUUGAAUUAUCAGAUAAAGCAGUCUUGUUAUCAAGAGAUAUAGAAAAUGAAGAAACACAGUUCAUUACCAAUGGAGCUAUAAUAAUAGAGAAUAUCGAUGAUGACAAUCAGGAACGUUAUGAAAUAGUUACCGAACAAAAUGAUAACAAUUUUGUUAUGCAGAAGAAUGAUGUAAAUGCAAAUGAUUUUGUAGAAGUAGUAACAGCAUUUAAGUGUAAGAUAUGUACUUACACAACACAAGAUAGAGGAGAAUUGAUAGAACAUUUUCAAAAAACGCACAUUAAUCCAACAAUAGAUAUAGAGGAAAAAGAAGAGUCUGUAAAUGUUGAUGAAGUAAAACUAGUUUACAUGUGUGGAGAGUGCUCCAAUUGUUUUCCUUCUUUAGAAGAUUGCAAAGAACACAUGAUAAAUGAUCAUCAACUAACUAAUACAGCUCCUGAAAAAGCAGUUAGGGAAUACAUGACGAAUGAACUGAGAGAUCCUAAACUACAUAUGGAGCAGAUAAAAAAUAAUUGUAAAAAUAAUCAAUUAAAACAAGAAGUAAAAGAUAUUAAAUCUUUAAAUUCCGAGUGCAUACUUAACAAAAAAGCAAUUGAAUUGGCUGAAACAAAUGUAAGAUGUACAUAUCGUGGAUGUCCAUAUAAGUUCGCUACAGAGGAGAUAAUGCAACAACACGUUGCUUUUCAUACAGAAUCUCAAAGUGUGUCAGCAUUUAAAUGUAGUAUUUGUAGAGAUCUAAAAUUUACAAAAUGGAGACAGUGUAGUUUGCAUCUCUGGAAGAAACAUGAAAUUGACGUAGGUCUUUUUACAUGUAAAAUAUGUAAAGCAUACAAAAGUGCUACAAUGGUGAAAUUGUUAACUCAUAUGAAGGUUCAUAGUGAAACUCGAGAUUAUGAAUGUUCAGAAUGUGGUAAAUGCUUUAAACAAGCAAGUCAACUACGUAAUCACCGAGUAAUGCAUUUAGAUCGAAAGACUUUAGAAGUAAAACGUUGGUAUACAUCAAAAAAAUGUGAUAUGUGUGGAAAAACUUAUGCAAAUUCCAAAUGUCUCAAAAGUCAUAUACAAGCAGUUCAUUCAAAGCUGCGUCCUUAUGUGUGCAAUGUUUGUGGUCAUUCUAGUGCUAGAAAAGCUAUGCUGCAGAUGCAUUUGCGACAGCACACAGGUGAUAAACCUUUUAGUUGUGAACUCUGUGAAUAUAGAACUGGUGAUCAUAAUACAUUAAGACGUCACAUUAUGCAACACACAGGCUUUAGACCAUACAAGUGUCCUCACUGUUCAUAUACAGCGAUUCAAAGUAGCAGUUAUAAAAAUCACUUGAAAUCAAGACAUCCUCUAUUAUCCGGUUUAUUCACAUGUGAUUCUUGUUCUUUUAAAACAGUUAAAAAAGAAAGUUAUAUACAACACGUUCAUGAUCAUGAAAAGGGUUUGAUUAAAGCAAAUAUUCAAAAGAAAGACGAUGAAAAUGUCGAAGUAUUUCCUGGUAAUAUUGCAGCAGCCCAACUGAUUUACAGUUGUUUAGGUGCCUUUUCGAAAGUUGGAGAUACAUUAGAAGCUAAUUUAAUGUCUUCUUCGACAUCUGCUGAUGGUACAUCACAAACGAUCACAAUUCAGAUACCAUCGAAACAUCUUGAAAAUUCAUUGUCAUCAAGAGAAAAUAUUAAAAGUAGCUCUGCGAUAGAGCAAGAAGAUGAAGAAACGAUGCACUGUUUUCUAAAACUACCAAGAGAAGAAGAGGAAAAUAUUGAUACUGGUGGUAUAACGAUACCAGCAGAGCCUGAAAUCUCUACUUCUGCAACAAUUGAUAUUGAUUAAUAAAAGAGUGUGUAUAUAUAUAUAUAUAUAUAUAUGUAUAUAUAUAUAUAUAUAUAUAUAUAUAUAUAUAUAUAUAGUAAUAAGAAAGAAUAAAAUCUUUGUGUAUUAUAAGUUAUACAGAUGCUAUAGUAGUGAAUGAACGAAGGAAUACUAGUCAUACGUUACUUAGUAAUAAUUAUAUUUGUUUUUAUUACAUUUAUAGAAUAGUUUAUUAAUAUAGAAAAUAACCUAAUGUGAUACUAUUUUUGGAAACAUAUUUGUUCCGAAUUCAUAGCAUGCUAGUACUUGUGUUAUAUACAAUUCCAUAUAAAUCAUUUAUAAAAAUUCAUUAAUUUAUCAUCACAGUUAUAGUUUAUUAGAUUUGAUUUAUGAGAUUUGACAAUUAAAUUUUAUAAUGAAAUUCUUGAUGAAUAAUUCUCUCUCUAACAUAUACAGUAGGAUUAUUUUUAAAUGAAGAUUAAAUAAGUAAACGUUUUUUAAUUGCUAUUUUAAGUUUUAAGUUUAAGAUCUACGUUUCUUAUUUAAAAAUAGAAAUCGGUAUUAAAUACUACCAACUAUUUAUGGAUCCUCUAAAUUAAUUUCUUAAUUUAAGUGAUAAAAUAAUUUAUGUAAAUUUUAAUUUAACAUUCUUAAAUGUAUAAGAUUUUAUUUUUUUAAUUGAACAAAUGUUUAUGUAAAUUUAACUUAUAAAACUCCAAAAUAUGUUUAUUGGAAAGUAUGUAAGAGAUUAGUAAUAAUGUAUAAAAGAAAUUGUAAAAUAAUCUGAAAAUUGUUAUGAGUGGGAUUAAAAGCACAGUACAUUGCAUAUAUGACCAAAGAAACAUAUUUUUGCUUUUACUCAAUUGUGGAUAACUAACAUUUUUUGAUUAUAUUAAAUUAUUAAUAUAAACUUAAUUAAGAGAUAAAAACAAAACUACUUUAUACGAUUGCAUAAUAUAAUCGUAAUAAUCCGAUAUUGAUCAGUCGAUAAAUUUUUUAAGGCGCAGAGUAAAACAACUUUUAAUUUAAAUUUGCGCGGCAAUUCUUCAAGUUCGAUUAUACAAUAUUAAGAGGAAUCGAUAUUUGAAAAUAUUCGAGUAAUCGUCAUAUAAUUUUAAUAAUAGAAUCGUAUUAAAGUUGUGAUAACAUUACGAUCUCGUUGACGGGAGUGAAUGUAAACAAAACAAAAGAUCGCUAGAUGUUCGACAUUGAGAGGAGAUUCAGAAGAAAGUCUCCGUACGCAGCAACCUUUCCUCGUGAUGAGACCCGGACAAUCGAUAUUAUUUGCGUUAUAAUAAAAUCUCAUAUAUAAUUGUAAACAACAGAAUCAUUUGUUUUAAAUCGUUAAUCGAUAAGGCAGAGCACGAUACGAAGAAGAUAUCCAACAUUUCUCCCACACAAUCUCUUUCAACAUCCUCAUUUUCGCUUGCAUCUUCGGCAGUUUGGAUGGUAUAAACGUCUGGAUUUCUGCAAAUUAUAUUAUACAUAAGUGGAUGUCAAGGUUAAGUCAUGUGUCACAUCACAAAUCAAUAUAUAAGUAGACGUGGAGCUAUUACUAGUACAAAAGAGGUAUAUUGAAGCAUUUAAAUUAAGGCAAAAAAGAAAAGAAAAGAAAAAGGAAAGAUAAUCUUGUAAAAAGAAGAUUACAUUUACCUGAUAAACACUCUACUGCAAAGACAAUAAAUGUAACAAUCGGGGUCAGGGGACUCCGCCUGUUCUGCUAUAUAAACUUCAGCUAAAGGUUCCCAAAAAUGUUCGCACAUACCGAAAAUGUAUAGUGAUCUUUCAUACAAUAAUAAUUUAUCACAACACCCA